AUGUUCAGGUAUAAGAUUGAAAUUGAGGUUACUCACGGGGGCCAAAGCUGCAAUUUUGUCUUCUGGAACAGAGAAUGUGAAAUGCUGUUGGGUUUAUCUGCAUCGCAACUUCGUAACACUAUGAUUCAGGCUGGAAUUACUGAUCCAUUGGACUUUCCGUUAGCACUUGAUCAGUUGUUGAAGUUGGAAAUGGCUAUGAAGGUUAAGUGGCAUCCACGCUGGAAGAACUGUUCCGUCGUUAUGAUUAUAAAAAAUGAUCCUAUUAUCCAACAACUUAAGGAAAAAUGGGGAACAGAUGAGGAACCUAUUCCAAUCCAAACUGUCGUACCUGAUACUCUGGAGAUUAAAGAGAGUGUUGAUGAAGCUAAAACAGAUGCCAAUGAAGACUGUGAAUUGGUUACAGACCUGGAAAUUACAUCUGAACACAAGCCGGAUGCUAUCACACCUGGUGGUAAGAGACAUCUUCCUGCUGCAUCAAGUGAAUCUAUUGAUGGGGAACUGUCAUCAAACAAGCUGAAGAAGAUAAUUAAAAUGGAGAAGAUUGAUUAG